AUGAAGUUCACCAUCCUCCCCGCCGUGCUCGCCGCCCUCCCGGGCCUGGUGGAUGCGGUCAUCAUCACCAACAGCAACUUCGAUGGCAUCCGAGCUGGCCAGGCCUUCGAGAUCACCUGGGACGAGGCUCUGGGUCCCGUUAGCAUCACCCUAAAGGAGGGCAACGCUGAUAAUCUCCAGACCGUCGCCGAGCUCACCUCCAACCAGACCGGUGAUAGCUACACCUGGGUUCCCUCUUCCUCGCUGCCCACCGGCACCUACGCCUUGGAGAUCAACGACGGAACCGACGUGAACUACAGCGAGCAGUUCCAGGUUCAGGGCGGCGCCGCUAGCAGCACCGCAGGCACCAGCUCGGCUUCGGCCUCGCGCACCUCUGCCUCGGCUUCUUCUACCGCUACUGAGUCGUCCGCUGCCUUUUCCACGACGUCCAGCAUUGCCACCACUAGCAGCGUUGCCUCCACCGAGUCGGUCUCCUCCGAGUCGGCCUCCGUUACGUCUCAGGCUACGGAGUCGUCUGCUUCCAGCACCCUCUCUACCAGCACGUCCUCGGCGUCUCGAACCACGUCCACUGGUAUUCCCGCCACCGAGAGCCCCAUACCCAACACGAACGCCGCUCAGUCGGUGGCUCCGCUUGUGGCGCCUAUGCUUCUCGCCCUCGGCGCCGCCCUCAUUUAA